AUGUCGGAUGAGCCUGUUGUUAAGAGAGCCAAGCUGGACUGGAAAUUGACCGAUUCCGCGGAGCCAUUGACCAGGAAAGAUGUGAUCGCGUUCCAAAAAGAAGCACUAUUCAGAGCACUGAACAGACACCGCACGCGCGCGGAAAGCCUCGAGACGCAACUAAGAAAGGGCCACGAGAGUCUGGCCGGCGUCCGUGAACAGUAUGCUCGAGUUUGUGCGACGCUGGCCGUGUUGGCCGCUAAACUAGCCGGAUUCUGUGUUGAUGAACCUGAGGCUCAGAAGCUUUGCCAGAGCGUCAUUCAAGGUGUCGACACGGAUGUGUCACUCGUGGCCGACCAGCUUUCGGCGCUAGUCGAUAGAUAUGUCGGACAAACGACGAAAGACCCGGGUUUGGCUUCCCAUCUGCACGCGCUCGAGAAGACAAAGCAGGAGCUUUCAACGCAUAACGUACAGCUACAACAAGAACUGGAUGCCGUCAGGGACCACUAUCAGACGCUGGUACGGCGCUACGACCGUCAAGAUAGCGAAACAGUGAAGAGAGUGUUUAAACUGAAAACCGACAAAAGUAGCGACAACACCGCAACUUCAGAACCCCACGGGUCUUCUCAAUCUUCCGAAAUUAACCAUAAUGAAGCCGAAAAGAAGACUGACGCAGGCCAGACCGGCAAAGUUAACGAUGAGAAAGACGAUCAGGUACCACAGUUUGAGCAUGAACUUCGAGUCCAAGAGCUAGGCGAUCAGAUAGAAACCCUCAGAAGUACUAUUCAGGAUCUAGAGAGCUGGAAACUGAAACGCGAGGGGGAAAUUUUGAAGUUGCGGACCGAACUGGUUUCUUCUGCCAACUCUCACCAUGAGCAGCAUCCGGCUAACGAUUUUGACCGGGAUCAUAUUCUACACCGGUUAGACACUCUAACGCAAGAAAAUGCAUCGCUUGCGCACGCCAAUGAAGCUUUUUUGAGCAAGUUUCAGCAGCUGGUCCAGGACAAAGAAAUAUUUACGAACAAACUAGCAACCGAGUUUCAAACCGCCCAAGAUGCAUUAAAAAAACACAAUGCAAUGCUGGAGAAGGAUUUGGUCAGAAUAAGAAGUACAAGAGAUGAGAUGGCCGGUAAGAUGGCAAUAAUGGAAAACCAAAAACCCAAAUCCGAAAUGUUAGUCGACUUGCAAAAAGUGCUGGACCUACAGAAAGAACGGAUCGAAAAUAUGGAGAACAGACAGAAAGAAACUUCCAAGGAUGCACUCACUAAGGAACUUCAAGACCUUGAGCAUGCUUUUAAGGAUCUGACACAGCUCGCCCACAAAAAAUACUCAGAUCAAUUAGCACAAGAAUCCAUUCUUACUAAAUUAACGGUUGAGAAGACCAAGGCAGAUCAGAAAUACUUCGCAGCUAUGAGAUCAAAGGAUUCAAUUCUCAUUGAAAACAAAAACCUGACCAAGAAUCUCAACAAGUCUAAUGAACUGAUAGCACAAUUAAAAGAAAUUGAACGCACUUUACAGAGCAAGAUUGAAAGCUUAAACAAACAAAUCCACCUACAUGAAAAUAACGAGAAGCGCCUAUUAGAUGCCAACAAAAACACAUCUAUGAAGCUUAUGGAUUUAACUUCAGCAUUGGCAAAAUCAAAGAAAAUCGUAGAGUCUUCAAAUGUCGAAAAGAGCAAAUCUGUCGAGCAGAUUACCAUGCUAGAGUCGCAGGUCAACUCUUUACAGACAGAGGCAAAGGCUUUGAAGCUACAGCUUACACAGGCGGAGUCGAAGGCCUCUAAGCUGCACAAAUCACUAGUCUCGAAUGGUGGCCAUGAUGGCACCGUAAUAGCAGAAGAGCUAGAAAAUUUUAGGACUAUAGUAUAUUGCUCUUUGUGCUCUAAAAACUGGAAAAAUACCGCCAUCAAGACAUGCGGACAUGUGUUUUGUGAUCAAUGCUGCAAAGAAAGACUUGCCGCUCGGAUGCGUAAAUGCCCUAUAUGCCGAAUGCCCUUCGGGUCUCACGACGUAUUGGACCUCCAUAUGUGA